CUUCUCUCGAGAGCUGAGCGGUUCUCGUGUCGUCUCGCUUUAAAUGUGUGUCGAAGAUCCUCCUGAGUCCCGCCGCCGCUUCCUUCUCAAUGUCAUCCUGAAAGCAUCCUGAGAUCGGCUGCUGCUCAGAAGAAGCUCCGGAAUUAAACCCCGAUGGAGCUCAGCGGCUGAUUAUCUGUCCGAGCGCAGGGAGAGUGACGGAGACGAGCUGCUGAGAGAGAGCUGCUUACCUGCUCUGUAAUGUGACUUCCCUCCGUCUGCAGCGUGAUGACAGACCUGGAGACAGACCCUCCGGGAUACACCAUCUUCAUCCUGGUGUUCCUCUUCUUCAUCACGGGCCUUCUGGGAUUCCUGAUCUGUCACUGUCUGAAGAAGAAGGGCUACCGCUGCGAGCUGGAGGAGGACGAGGAAGACUGUGAAGACAAGCUGGGGGCAGAGCAAGAUGACGAAUCAGAAGACAGUCAAGACACAGUGGAACAAAUCCUGAAAUGCAUCAUUGAGAACGAAGCUAAUAUGGAGGCUUUCAAAGACAUGCUGGUCGGCCAGAAUGUUUGCGAACAUCACGAUCCACGCGGCUUGCAUCACAAAGAUAGCGUGGGAGGUCUUCCUCUUCACCAUCACACCGUUCAUCUGGGAGGAGAGCUCAGCUCGUGUGUUCACUGCAUGCAGAGUCACGUGUUGAAAAGCCGCCGCAGGAGCCGAGUGUCUCGCAGCAGAGCCCGGCCGGGAGAGCAGACCGUGCUUUCUGUGGGCAGAUUCCGUGUCACUCACAUGGAGAAGAGGAACAGCCUGCAGGGUUCGAUGAAUCUUCCCACACCGAAGCCCGGAAACACCUCGAAUGACACGACGCUCUCAGACAGCAGGACGGGCUUUAAAGACGCCUCCAAAAAACCUCAGGAGGAAUACAACAUCCGCAACAUGUUCAAAGAAGCUGGAGCGGUGAACGGCAAAGUCCCCAACCUCAGCAAGCGCAAGAAAAGCGUAACACUGCUGGGUUUCUAUAAGGCUGGUAAUGCUGCGGAGACUAAAGUGGAGACUAAAGCGGGACAGGAGGUGUUCGUGGAGGACAAGGAGGAGUCGAGCACCGCCGAUCAGUUAUCUGACUGCUGGAGCUCCAGCGCAGCGUCUCCCACCGAUCCCAACAAAACCGCUUUGGAUGAAAACUCAAAUAAAGCCUCCGGGAGUCAAUUACAGGAGACUCUGAGCGAAAGCGGCCCAGAGAACCCGAAGACUGAUGAAGCCGCUUUAAAAGAGAAACCACGGGACGGAAUAAGCGCAAACUUACCGGGGACUGUUGGCGAUGGCUGCUCGAGGUUUUCUGUGGUCCGGACUGUGGAAGAGACUAUCAUCACACCCGCAGCUAACACCGACCGCAGAGAUGACAGCACAACACACGAUGACCUCACGCCCGGACAGCUUCAUCAGGAUCAGCAAUAGAGCUGAACAUCACAAGAUGAUCAAAGUGUUGUUAUUUGACAAUGAGACUCAAACCGAAAACUUAGAAUUUGCAAUAACACUGCUUUUUACCAGUAAUACACUGAAUUAAUUGCGUAUUAAAUCUACAUAUGAUGGGCCUAAUUGAAAAGCAAUAUAUUAAAGUAGCCUGCAUUGACCAUUCGGUGGUUUUCUGUUCCCCUCUUUACAAAGCAGCUUCAACUCUGUACAGUCCCUCCACACAGAUCAGAUCUCUCCAAACCACAAACAGGGUCAGAUCGCAGUAUGUGAGGUUAUGGCUGUUAAAAGAAUACAAUAGAAAUCAUGAUAAGAGUUGUGUAUUUAUAAUAUCCUCAUGCAUCUUUAAAACAACACUAUAAACACGUGAAAAUUCUGGUUGUUCAAGCAAAGAGUCUAUUGCACCAUCCGCACCGAGGAUGCUGUGUGUGUGUGUGUGUAUACAAUAUAAUAAAAUGAUAACCCAGAUCCUUGUGCACUGUAAAACAUGUUUUUUGUAAGAUGUAAAUAAACAAAUAAUACUUUUA